AUUUUGAAGUGCUGUCAGCCGCGGCUUCCUGUUGUGUGAAAGCAUGCUCGUCAUUGAGCGCAGCUGUUUAUGGUCUUCUUCAGGUUUAUUCGUACUACCUGCACACGUUUAAAUACUUCAUCUUAUACACGAAACAAGCCCUUUAAGAGUGUCAUCAUGUGUAAAGAGCUAAAGACGAGAGUCCUGCGGAUUCCACCUCUUGACGCAGAGGAUCUGACGUCACAGCAGCGCGAGUGUGUUCUGGAGGCGCUGAGGUCCACGUCAGAGGCUCUGGGGAACGGGCAGGUCGUGGCUCUGCCCACCGAUACCAUCUACGGCCUGGCCUGUGUGGCCCAGAACUCCUCCGCCGUGCGACGGGUUUACGACAUCAAGGGCCGGAACGGGGACAAGCCUCUCGCCAUCUGUGUCGGGGAAGUGCAGGACAUAUACAGGUUCUGCCGUGUGUCUGUGACGGAGGAUCUGCUGUCGGAUCUGCUGCCGGGACCCGUCACACUCGUUCUGGAGAGAUCACACACACUUAACGCCGAUCUCAAUCCCUUCACUAAGCUCAUAGGGGUCCGUAUCCCAGAUCACCCGUUCUUGAGACGCCUCUGUCAGAUGUGUGGCGAACCGCUCGCGCUCACCAGCGCUAACGUCAGCGCUCAGACCAGUACGGUCGCUGCUAGCGAGUUUAAGGAUCUGUGGCCCAGGCUGGCGGUGGUGGUGGACGGAGGCCCGAUUGGACAUCAGAACCGCUUGGGUUCGACAGUCGUGGAUCUGUCCGUGUGUGGCAGAUACCGGAUCAUCAGACCGGGAUGGUGAGUGACUCGCAUUAACUCGAUUUGCGAGGCAAGAACAGAGUAAGAUGAAAAACUCUCUGGUGUAGUUGUGAACCACAUCCCAUGAGGCCACAGAAGUGGAUGUAGUUCACCUAAAUGCCAUUCAUACUAUAUACAGGGUUCCCACUGGUCCUUGAAAUCCUUGAAAAUGUGUGAAUCUGAAAACAAAAAUUCAAGGCCCUGGAAAGUUUUUUGAAAAUAAACAUCCAUAUAUACUCGUCCUUGAAAGUGCUUGAAUUUAUUUUGUGCAAGAAGUUUCUGAAAAAAUUCUAUAUUAUUCCCUCCGGUCCGCUAACCUGUUAUUUCGCCAACACUUCGUGGCCUAUGCAUACUCGCUUGCUUGGUUUACAUUAGUCACGUGCAUUUGCGCAUUUCGUUUCGUUAAGUGUUUCCCAUGUGAGGUACUUUGUGUUGUAUUUUGGCAUGACAUUCACAUGUGCACAAAACUAUUACGUUGAUACCUCAACAUUUCACAGACACACUGUGAAACAUUGCAAAAAUAGUCUAAAACUGCUGAAACUAUGUAACCUUGGUCUCACUUGAAAUGUGUCCCGUCAUUAAGUCCUUGAAUUUAACGGUAUUGUACCUUGAAAGGUCCUUGAAUUGGAAGCUAACCAGGGUGCGGGAAUCCUGUAUAUAAAACACACUUUUUAAUAGUUGUGAAGCAUUUCAAACCAAAUGUAGUACCAACUAGACAGUAUGCGGUUUCGGAUGCAUGUUUAGUAUUAGGGCUGCACGGUAUAUCAACAUUAUUGAAAUGAGUGAUUAUAUCUCUGUCUCGUUGUUUAAGAAGGAUUAUUAGGCUGCUGUCACUUUAAGAGCUGCACGGAUCCGGUAUUUAAUACCUUUAUUUAACCAGAAAAAAAAAAUAAAAUCUCUUUUCCAAGAGUGUCCUGGCCAAGACAGGCAGCAGCAAAAAUAACAAAGUUGCAGACAUGACAAAAAAAA